AUGAUUUUCCUUUUUGUUGUCCUGAUACUAUUGAUAUCAGAAUGUCAAUUUAAGAAUAUCGUAAAGUGUUAUUAUGAAUAUGAUGAUUCAGCUUUGGAGAUUGAUGACAAUCGACCUUAAUCAAAAAAUGUAGAUUUAAAAACUAAUUCUUUUGAAUUGAACACAAAGGGUUUUGGAUUUUGGUCAAAAUAUGUUCAUAAUAGAAAAUGUUCUCUUGAGUAUUGGACUGCUAUAGCUUCUUUUGAUUCUUAUUGUUAAAGUGAUAAUUGUCAAUUUAAAGGAAUCACCAUGAUGAAACUUGUGGAUUAGGAGUAAAAUUUAUUUGCUACACUAAUGUUAAAUAUGAAUGAUAAUCCAGUGAGUUUGACUCAUGACUUUUAUUUAUUCCCUAUCGGUUCAAAUCUUCAUUAAUCUGCUUCUAUAUCUUUUGACCCAAGCUAAUAUCAGAACAUUUGGAUUUACACAUCGAUCAUAUACUCAACAAAGGAUUAAACUAUAACAUUAUUCACUAAUGUUGGAGAAUAUAUUCGUUCAUUUAACUAUUAAAUUUUAACAGAUUCAAUAACAAUUGAACUUGGGGGUACCAAUUAUCCUCAGUAUUAUUAUGAGUAUAAUUUGAUAUCUUAUCCUUUUAAUGGAUAUAUUUCACCAAUUUAAGAAUAUGAUUCCUUUUCAUACUACGAUGAAUUUUUUUUUAAUUUAUUUUCUUUAUGUCCAUUUUAGGAAUAGAAAACUCAGACCAAAAUUCAAAAUAUUCAAUAUUUUUAUUCUUCAUAUGUUUUAAGUUAUUAUGCCUACUACCAUUAAAUGGUUGUAAAUAAUAGAUACAUUUUAAAAUUGUGGAUUAAAUAAGAUUAUUUAGAAGUAUUUGUUAAUUGAUUUUAAGGCUUAUAAUUAUUAUAAAACCAAUUAUUAGGAAGAUCACUAAUAACUUGUUUAAGCACCAUUUAGAAUUGAUUAUCCUGUUUGUUUAGGUUAUGAAGAUAGAAUAUUAAGUAGUUAAUUAGCAAAAUUAUAUUAUACAGUAUUUGUUUAUUUUUAAUAUUAGGUUGACUUUUAAAAUGUUAACAAAACAAUCAUUCAUUUUGAAACCUAAUUUUAUAAAAUUCCUAUAUACACACCUAUGUAUACUGAUGAUAAUUUGAGAUAAUAUGAUCGAUUAAUAAUUAGCAGAGAUAAUCUAUAUGAAUAAACUUAAAAAUGGCAUUACUUUAUCUUAGAAUAUGGAAGAACCCCAACUUAAAAUGGAGAGACUCUUUAAUUAAGAUUAUAUUUUUAUAAUGAAGAACCUUUAAUUUACAAUUUAGGAACACAAAACUAUAAUUCUUAAUUUACAGGAAAUACCAUAUCUAUACGCUUUUAAAUUUUAGAUUAUUUCUCAUAAAUAAGCAGGGUAAAAUUUUAAAAUAUUAAAUUUAUAUCAGGAUUUCAAGGAGAUAACGAAGACUAACAAGGUAUAUUUGAAUAUAAUAUAGAUUGUUAUAAAAACUGUAAAAAUUGUAACGGACCAAUGAACUAUGAUUGCACAUCUUGUUUUGAAGAAUAUAACUUUGUUUUAACAUAAUUUAAUCAAUGUGAAUGCAAAUAUAUGUUUGUAUAUAAUGAAAAAACAGAUCAAUGUGAUAAAAUUGAAGAUUCAAAAGGGCUUAUUAUAACUUAAGAAGCAGUUUAGAAUAUUUGCAAAUUUGGAUAUUUCCAAGUGUUUUUUGAGAAUCAAUAUUUAUGUAUUUAAUGGUAAUAGAUUUAAAUUUAUUAAAAAUUAGCCCUUAAUAUCAUAUUGUUAAUUUAUUUUGUGGUGAUUGCUAUUUUUAACCAUUAUUCUGGUAUUUAAAACCAGUUUGCACAUUUGAUUAUAUUUAAAUAAAGAGCUCAGAUUCAUAUCAGAAACAUUCUAGAUUAAAUAGCUAAAGAGAUGUGUAUUAUUUAGAUUAGGAAUUAAAUUUACUUCUUCUUGAUGGAGCGUCAGAUUAUUGUGUAGAUUCAUUAGACGGUUGUGAAGUUAGCUAAUAUCAUCAUUUAAAUGAAUAUACAAAGAUUAGGUGUAAAAAUAAUCAUUUUUAUGAUAAUUUUAUCUGUAAAAUGUGUGAUCCAUAUUGUGUAAAUUGUCAAUCUGAGAAUGUGUGUUUGGCAUGUAUUGAGUCUCGUUAUUUCAAUAAAAAAAGUUAAAAAUGUGAACUUUGUAGCUCAGAAUGUUUGUCAUGUACAACAGAUCUAAAUUCUGAGUUCGGUUAAAGAUGCUUAACUUGUGCUUAGUAUUAUUUAUUGAUAUAUAAUAGAUCAUAUACUUUAACCUAUUAAGGAUAGUGCAAAAUGUGUGGAAUGAAUUGUUAAUAUUGUAAAGAAGAUUAUAAUUAAUCAAAUUAAUAAUAUUUCUUGAGAUGCUUAAAAUGUUUAAAUGAUAAAAUCAUGGCUAUAAGAUUUAAUGGCAUAGAUUGUUUAAUAAUUGAGUAAAAGAACUGUCAAUAUGUAAUGAUAAUUUCAAGGUCUCAAAGUCUUAAAUACAACAGCUACUCUUAUAAUUUUGAACCCUCAAAUGAUUUAUCUGAUGAACUUCCUGUUUGUGCAUUAUGUGAACCAACUUAUACUUAUUAUACUUUUGUAGAAAGUUGUCUAUAAAGUUAAUUAUUUAAUUGUUUAGUUGGAAUCUCUCACAUCUAUUCUGGUGAUGAUAUGAUUUCUAACUAUAAAAACACAUGUUUAAUAGGUGAAGCUUCUAGCCUUGCUAUGAGCUAUUAAGGUCAAGAGAAUUGUUAGGCAUAUUUUUCUAAUUGCAAUUUGUGCUAUGUUCAAUACAAAUAUACUCCUAGUUAUUGCCUUGAAUGCUUUGAAGGAUAUUUUAAUCAUCGUUUAAUUGGAGAUUGUUAAAAAUGCCCUGAAUCUUUAAAUUGUAAGACUUGCUUUCAAUAAAGUAUUGGAUAUAAUGAUGUAUGGAAAUAAAAAAUUGCUUUAUUCAAUCAGUUUCUAAAAGUUAGAUUAUAACCAGAUUUUUUUGUAAUUCAUUUUAUAAUUAUUUAAUAGUUUGCUUAACAUGAUUAAAGUUAGAAUCCAUCAGACUAUGAAAUAGUUUGCUUUUCAUGUUUUGAUGGCUAUGUUCUCAUAAAAGGGAAAUGUAUAAAAUAUUGUGAUUCAAACUGUGAAACUUGUAUAUUUUAGGAUGACUAGUACAUUUGUCUUACUUGUGGUAAGAAUGGUUAUCAUAAUUUAUUGACAAUUAUUUAAUACUAAUGUGCUAUUUGUCCUAGCUUUUGCGAAUUAUGUAGAGUAAGAACUGAUGAAGAAAUAUUCAAGCUAAACUCUCUUUUCGUUAAGAAUAGUUAAAAUUAAAUUUUUACAUAUUAAUGUUUGAAACCUUUUUUAUAUGGUGAAAAGAUUUUUUAUGACUCAAUUUUUGGAUAAUUUUUCCCUUGUGUUGAUGAUUUGUAAUGUGAGAAUGUAUUGACUAUUGAAUUAAAUCUAUUUUGCUCUGAAUAAGAUUAUGAAAACAAAUUAUCAUCAAUUACUGAUAAAAAUUUACAAUCAGAAUUUAAAAUGAAGAAUAUUGCUUUUUAAACUCUUAUUUAAUCCAAUAUUGAAUAAAAUAGUUUCAGUUAUGUAAUUUAUUGUUUUUCUAUAAUUAGUAUGAGACUAAUGCCAUAUAUGAGAUUCUUAAUAAAAAAAGUAUUAAAAAAAUCAAAAUUUUUCUUAAAUCCCAAUAAGAAUAGACUUGCUAAAUUAAUUAAUUUAGCUAUAUUUCAUAAAAGUUCUCAAAAUUCGUAUUUAAUGCAAUGUAUUUCUUUAAUUAUAAUAUCAAGCGAAAUAUAGUUAACAUUCAUAUCAGAAAUUAAGUAACCAUUAAUAAUUCAAAUUUUGAGGGAAGUUAAUUUUGUUGACUUUUCAUUCUUAAGAUUUGAAAAUAUACAAAUUGAGGUAUAAGAAAGCAUUUAUCCUAAAAUUUUAAGUGCAUAUGGUUUUAAAAGUAUUGAUUUAGAGUUGGAGAAAAUUAUAAUUUCCUCAAAACUCUAACUUGAAUACACUUUUUUUAAUUUUUAAUGUGAUUAAUUAAACUCAUUAAAAUUUAAUCAUGUUCAACUUAAGAAUACCAAAUUUGAUAACUCUAAUUUGAAAAGCAUUUUUGCCUUUCAGUUUACUUCCAAAAAUGAUUUCAUUAGAAUUUAAGACUUUUCAAUCCUUAAUUGCAUUCUAAGAAAUUCAAAUAUAAUUGAAAUUAAUUCUCUUAUACAUUAAUCAAUUGAUUUUAAAAAUUUCAUUAUUGAUUCUGAACUAUUUAAUAGUUCAUUAAUUACAUCUGGUAUGGGAGUUUAGCUUUUUACUAUAACUAAUUUCUUUGCAUCUGGCACAUUGGAAUAGACAAAACCAUUUAUCACUUUAAAAAAUGUUGUAUCAACAGAUAUAAAUAAUUUCACAAUAAAGUAAAUGAAUCUAAUUGAAUCAACAUUCUUAAUAUUAGAAAAGCAAGCAAAAAUUUAUGAAUUUUAUAUAUUUGAAUGCUAAAUCUAAGGUCGAUCAUCAUUUAUUAGUAAUAACUUCCCAAAAUAAUCAAUUACCGACAUUCAUCUUUCCUAUUAGAUCGAUGUAUUGACUAUCUAAAAUAUAAAAUCAAGUAAUUAGACUUAAAUUUUGAAUUUACAACCAUUUAGUUCUAAUUAAUCAAAGUUAGAGCUUUGGAAUGUUAAAAUUUAUUAAAAUAAUAUAAAUGACGAAUAUUACGAGGCAGAAUACUUGUUUAUAAUUUAGCUGCAAAUUGUAAACAUUGUUAAUUGCGAUAUCGUAAGAGGAAAUGGAUUGAGUGAGUUUUACUUAGAUUAGUAAUAAUUAAGAUUUUUAAAUUUAAAAGUCAAUUAAUUUGAGAUUAGUGUUUUACAUCAAUAUUUUGAAUGUUCAAAUAUGUAAAAAUUCAAAAAUUAGCAUCCUAACUUCAUUAAACUAGUUAAUAUAAUCAAUGUGUUUUUUGAAAAUCUAAUUAUAGAAAGAGUUAACAUUCUAAAUGCAGGUUUGAUUUAAUUUUUAUAGUAAUCUAAAUCAUUAUUCUCUGAAAAUAUAAUAAUUUUUCAGAAUGUAAUUUUUUAGAAUAAUUUGAUAAUUACUUCAAAUAAUGAUGCUAGUGCUUCACUUAUAUCAAUUUUAAGUAACUAAAAGAUUUAAAUCACUAUUUUUUCUUCAAAGAUGUUAAGAAAUUAAUUGCAUAAUUACAAAUAAAAUUUGUAAAUACCAUCUGCUGUAUGUCUAUCAAUAAAUUGUCCUUCUGGAUACAUAAAUUUGUUUAAUAGUUAAUUUUAUAAUAAUUUUGCCACAAAUACACCAGAUAGUAUAAUCAAUAUAAUAGCCAAUUAAAUUAAAUUCAAUGGAAUAGAAUUUGUUAAUAAUUCAAUUUACAAUUUAAGUUCUCUUUUAAGCAAUUUAUUUCUAGGAUUUUCUAGUGAUUAAGACGUAUUAUUAAGUAAUUUGAAAUCAAUAUUUUAACUUUAAAAUUUUGUAGGAAAUGCCUAUUUAUCAGCUGAUACUAUCUCUGGUUCAAAUACAUUGAUCUAAAAUUCCGAAGGGAAAAAUGGAGUUGGAUUAUAUUUAAAAGCUAAAUUUAUAAAACUUGAAUAAAUUUAAUUUAUAAAUUUGACAAGUUUCUUUAAAUUUAAUGAAGAAAAUGGUGCUUGUAUUUAUAUUGAAAUCCCUUCGAGUGAAUGCUAAGUUUUAAUUUAAAACAUCAAAGCAGAGAAUGUCACUACAAAAGAUUAUGGAAGUGUUGUAUAUAUUCAGUCAGAAUAUGAUAAUUUGAAUUUAACACUCUAAAAUUUAACAGUAUCUUCUGGUAUUGCAUUUAAAGGAAGUAUUAUUUAUGGUUCUUUUUUAAAUAAUACGUUAUUUAAUCAUAUCCUAAUAAAUAAACUUUAGAUUAGAAAUUAGAAAUUAGCUUUUUAAAAUUACAUUAAAAAAACAGUUGAUAAUAAAAUCCUUUUGGCUAACUUCAAUGACAGGGUUUCUAUUUAUUUGUAAAAUGCAAUAAUAUUUGUUUCUGACAUUACGAUUAUGAACUUAUUUGGAGAAGCCGUGCUCCUAAGCUUAGAUUAAGGGGAUGCCAUUUUAAGUUAAAUCAAAAUUUUGAAUGGAUCUGGUUUAAACUAACAAUUAAUUCAGAUGAGACCAAAUAAUAGUAACAAUUUAUGAUAUUUUUUAGAUCAAAAUACAACUAUUUAAAUAAAUGGAAUUUUCAUUGAAAAUAUAUCAUAAUUUGAUGAACCUUUGAAAUAAUGCCAACUCUUUUAUACAGUAAUAAAGAUGACAAAAAAAAAUAUGUAAUGCUAAGUGAACAACUAAAAACUAAUAAAUGAAGUUAUAAGUGAUAAAUAUGAAGAUAAUAGUGAACAAAUAAAAUGCAUGUACUAAUCUCUUCUUUCCUAAGCAUAAGAUAAUAAUUAAGGUAUAAUAAAGAUAGUCUUGAAUAAGGAUUCAGAUUUAAUAUAAAUAUCAGAAAUUAGAUUAAUCAAUAACAAUUACCUUGAUUCAUUAAGCGGACUUAUAUUUAUUUAAUUGUAAAAGUUUGGAUCAGAAAUUUUUUAAAUAUAAUUAAAAUAAAUAAUUAUUAAUCACAAUGAAUGUGGUAAGGUGGGAUGUAUAUAUAUAAAUUCUAAAAUUUUUGAUGAAAAUUAAAUAUAUCCUUAAAAUGAAAAUAGGUUAUUGACUUAAAAUUACGAAAAGAUUUUGCAAUAACUCAAGCAUGAUAUUAAGAUUAUAAAUUAUGAAUGCUUAGGAAAUGUUGCUAAUUUUGGGACUUGUUUAUUUUCUAAUUUUUCGAAUAUAAAAUUAAAGCAAUCCAUAUUUUUUAAUAAUACAGCGAAAAAUGCAGGAGGAACAAUUUAUUUCAUUGGAAAGGAAUAUAAAUUAUUUCUAAUUAAUUGCUAAAUAUUCUUUAAUUAGGCUAAAGUAGCAGGGGCUAUAUAUUUUGAUGAUAGCAUAUCUCAAGAUAUAAAUAAAUCUUAAACGAUUUUAUAGGAUAAUAGAGCUUAAUAGUUUGGUUAGAAUAUUUUUCAAGCUCCAGUGCAUUUAUCAUUAACCUUAGAUAAUUACUAAACCAUUUUACCAACUUUUAAAGUCUAAGAAAGCGUAAACUUCUUAAAAGAAUAAAUAGGCUAUUCUGCUAAUAAAUAAAAUACAAUAUUUCUACCUAGUGGCAGUUCUAUUUAUUUGUAUAAAAAAUAUGACCCAUUAUUAGAGAUAUUGGAAGAAGCAAAUUUAACAUUUAGAAUAGUGGCAUUAGACAAUUAAUUUUAGUAAAUUAAGAAUUUAAUAAAUACUGAAUGUUAGAUUUAAACCCAACUUUACAAUUUGGCUUUACACACUUCUGAAUAAAUACUAAAUAAUGCUUCUAUAUCUUAAAAUUCUGUUCCUUUUAAUACAACAACAAUGGAUUAUAAUUUUGAUAGUAUGGUUAUAAACUUUGAUAGUGAGAAUACUGGAAAGUAUAUUUUACAACUAAUAAUUACUUGUGAUAGCAUUAAAAUUCCUUAAUACGAUGAAACUAAUUAGAUAAUAAAUAAAUUUCAUAACAACUAUCAACUUAUAAUCAAUAUAAAUACAUUAAAAUGCAGAGUUGGACAAAUAAGAUCGAUGAAUGGCAAAGCUUGUUUUGAGUGUGAUUAUCUUUCAGAUUAAUACUCAAUUACAAAUGAUUCUAAUAAAUGCAGCAUAAGAGAUGAGUAGACUACCUAAAGUGUCACAUCAUUUUAGUUGAAUUUAAAAUAGGUACAUAAUUCAAUAAAUGUAAUUUUAGGGAUUUUGGAGACCUUAUUUUGAUAAUAAUAAUAUUGAGGAAUGUUAUAAUUUGUAGAAGAAUUGUUUAGGAGGAUGGUAAUAUGGAGAUAAUUCUUGCUACUUAGGCCAUUUUGGAGCUAUGUGUGAAUUAUGUGAUGUAGAAAAUAUAAGAGGAGAUGGCCAUUUUUCAAAUGCUUAAUCCUAUUCUUGUGGGUCAUGUGAUGAUAUUAAAUACAACAUAGCUUAAAUCAUUGGAUUUAGUAUUUGGUAUUAAACUUUUUUAUUAUUAAAGGACUUUAUUUACCAUCAUACUUAGUGUAAAAGGAGCGAUAACUUUAAAUAAUUCAUUUUUGGAAUCUCCUUAUCUAAUAAAACUCUUAACAAACUAUUUAUAAAUAAUCAGUUCUUUAACUUCAUUUAAAUUAAGUUUACCAGUUAAUUUCUUUUAUUUUUUAAAUGGAGUCGGGAAUCCAUUAUAAACAGUUUCGUACUCUUUGGAUUGUCAAUUAAGUAAAUUAUCAUAACAUAAAUAGUUUAAAUGACUUCUCUUGAAAUUCAUUAUAGUAGAUUGAUCUGGUAGCUCUUGCUUCCAUGCAUCUAUUUUUCUAUUUUGGCUAUCAUAUACAUGAUCUUAAUAUUUACUAAGUACAUUAAACACAGAGCACCUAUAAUCAUGACUGCUCUAAUCUACAUGUAUAUUUAUUUUUAGCCAAAUUUAAUGGGUUCAUUUAUAUCUAUGGUUUCAACUCGAACCAUAGCCAAUGUUCCAUGGAUUUAAGCGUAUGUUGCUUAUCGAUUUGAUACUCUUCUACAUAGAAAAUGGGUUUUAUUAUUUUGUAUUCCAUUUUUGUCCUUAUUUGGAGUCGUAAUACCUUUUAUAUUGCUUGUUUGUUUAAUUAGAAACAAAGAUAAACUUUAACACAAAAGAGGCAAAAGUUUAUUUGGAUAUCUUUAUUAUGAAUAUAAACUUUAAGCUUAUUUUUGGGAAAUUAUUAAGAUUAUCACCAAAGAAUUGCUUAUUCUCUUUCUUGUAUUUUAUGAAGAUUUUAUUAUAAUAAAAGGCUCUUUUAUAUUUUUCUUACUUUUAUGUUAUUGGUCUUUAAACCUUUAAUAUUCCCCAUUUAGAACUUUAAGAUUGAACUUAUUAGAUUAUCAAUCUUCGAUAGUUUGUGGAGUUUCAAUGAUACUAGGAAUAUGUUUAAAUGUAGAUCAAAAAUCUUAAGUAUAAAAUAUAUCCCCUAUUUUAUUUUCUGCUCUGAUUAUUAUCAAUAUAUUUAUGCUUGUUAGGAUGUUAUAUUACAUAUUUAAUGCUUACUCAAUAGAAAUGGAAAACAGUUUAGAUAUUAUUAAAUCCAAGAUUUUAUCAUCUUUGCCAAAAUCACUAAAAAUGAAUAAAUAAUGCCAAAGAUUUUUUAAGACAAAAGCUGAAACUCGUCAAAGAGUGAAAGCUAACAUUUAGAGACUUAAAUCAGCUUUAUAAAAACAUCUAAGCUAAUCAAAAAAUACAAGAAUAAUUAUAGUCAACCCUUUAACCUAACUUAAAAGUUAUUCAUCAACAAAUGUAUAUAAUUUCUAUAUUUAUAGAAAAAGACUUGA